AUGGCUGUGCUGACUUCACCACCCCAUCAAGUCCCCUUUAAUCCCUGGAGCAGCUGCAUUUCCAUCUCUUUGGACCCUGCCUCCAGAGCUGUUCUUUUGGCCUCUGCGACCCGCACCGAAAGCCACUCCUCGGCCCUCGUCCUGAGGCUGGUCCGGAGCCCCCGGCCCCGCGGGUCCCGCCUGGGUGCUGCCCCCGCGCCCCUGGCCGCCCCCCGCCGGGGCGGGGCGCGCGGAGGCGGGGGCGCGCUGGCGGCCGAGGCGGCGGCGGCGGCGGAGACAGGCGGGCCGGGCGCGUGUCCGCGGCGCGGUGACUCGGCGGCUCCGCAGCGGCUGCAGCGGGAGGACCCGGCCGGAGCCGCCGCCGCCGCCGCCAUCGCAGCCGGGCGGCCGGGCCCCGCCGCCGGGAUGCCGAAGAGCCGGGGCGGCCGCGCCGCGCCGGGGCCGCCGCCGCCGCUGGGCCUGGCCCCGCGCUGCAGCCGCGGGCGGGCCCCGGGGCGGCUGCUGCUGCUGCUGCCCGCGCUCUGCUGCCUCCCGGGCGCCGCGCGGGCGGCGGCGGCGGCGGGGCCCGGGGACCGGGCGGCGCGGGCGGCCGAGGCGGAGGAGCCCUUCGCCGGGCAGGUGGGGCUGGCGCGCCGGGCCGCGCUGCGGGCUCGGGGCUUCCGGGCAGGGCGGGGGGCGAACUGGUUAAAGUCCUAUGGCUAUCUGCUGCCCUAUGACUCACGGUCAUCUGCGUUGCACUCAGGGAAGGCCUUACAGUCAGCAGUCGCCACAAUGCAGCAGUUUUACGGGAUCCCUGUCACCGGUGUGUUGGAUCAGACAACAAUCGAGUGGAUGAAGAAACCCCGGUGUGGUGUUCCAGAUCACCCGCACUUGAGCCGAAGGCGGAGACACAAGCGCUAUGCCCUGACAGGACAGAAGUGGAGGCAGAAACACAUCACCUACAGCAUUCACAACUACACCCCAAAGGUGGGUGAGCUAGACACUCGGAAAGCUAUUCGCCAGGCUUUCGAUGUGUGGCAGAAGGUGACCCCGCUGACCUUUGAAGAGGUGCCAUACCACGAGAUCAAAAGUGACCGGAAGGAGGCGGACAUCAUGAUCUUCUUUGCCUCUGGUUUCCACGGCGACAGCUCCCCAUUUGAUGGAGAAGGGGGAUUCCUGGCUCAUGCCUAUUUCCCUGGUCCAGGAAUUGGUGGAGACACUCACUUUGACUCAGACGAGCCGUGGACGUUAGGAAAUGCCAACCAUGAUGGGAACGACCUCUUCCUGGUGGCUGUGCAUGAGCUGGGCCACGCACUGGGCCUCGAGCACUCCAACGACCCUAGUGCCAUCAUGGCGCCCUUCUACCAGUACAUAGAGACGCGCAACUUCAAGCUGCCUCAGGACGACCUCCAGGGCAUCCAGAAGAUCUACGGACCCCCGGCCGAGCCCCUGGAGCCCACCAGGCCCCUCCCCACGCUGCCAGCGCGCAGGAUCCACUCACCGUCCGAGAGGAAGCACGAGCGCCAGCCCAGGCCCCCUCGGCCACCCCUCGGGGACCGGCCAGCCACACCGGGCGCCAAACCCAACAUCUGUGAUGGCAACUUCAACACGGUGGCCCUCUUCCGGGGCGAGAUGUUUGUGUUUAAGGAUCGCUGGUUCUGGCGCCUGCGCAAUAACCGGGUGCAGGAAGGCUACCCCAUGCAGAUCGAGCAGUUCUGGAAGGGCCUGCCCGCCCGCAUAGACGCAGCCUAUGAAAGGGCGGAUGGAAGAUUUGUCUUCUUCAAAGGUGACAAGUACUGGGUGUUUAAGGAGGUGACGGUGGAGCCUGGAUACCCCCACAGCCUGGGGGAGCUGGGCAGCUGUCUGCCCCGAGAAGGCAUUGACACGGCUCUGCGCUGGGAACCUGUGGGCAAGACCUACUUUUUCAAAGGCGAGCGGUACUGGCGCUACAGCGAGGAGCGGCGGGCCACGGACCCUGGCUACCCCAAGCCCAUCACCGUGUGGAAGGGCAUCCCCCAGGCUCCCCAAGGGGCCUUCAUCAGCAAGGAAGGAUAUUACACCUACUUCUAUAAGGGCCGGGACUACUGGAAGUUUGACAACCAGAAGCUGAGCGUGGAGCCAGGCUACCCGCGCAACAUCCUGCGGGACUGGAUGGGCUGCAACCAGAAGGAGGCGGAGCGGCGCAAGGAGCGGAGGCUGCCCCAGGACGACGUGGACAUCAUGGUGACCAUUAACGACGUGCCGGGCUCUGUCAACGCGGUGGCCGUGGUUAUACCCUGCAUCCUGUCCCUCUGCAUCCUGGUGCUGGUCUACACCAUCUUCCAGUUCAAGAACAAGGCGGGCCCUCAGCCUGUCACCUACUAUAAGCGGCCGGUCCAGGAGUGGGUGUGA